AUGUCGGAUCUGCGCUGGUCGCCAGCUUCCAGUGCCACCUGCGUGGGCAUUCUGUGGCUGGUGGACAUGCUGCCUCAGCUCUGCCUGGCGGCCUCUGUCUCCUCGCCUCACCCUGCUUUUUACAAGAACACCAAUCGUACCAGAUAUAAGUGUGCCGAUACCACCAAGUGCCCUGCUAACUCGAUCUGCACCAACACAGUAGGUGAUUACUAUUGUUCUUGCCAACAAGGCUUUCAGGCUAGCAACGGCCUGCAGACAUUCCAGGACUCAAGUGUGGAAUGCAGAGAUAUUGAUGAGUGCUCACAAAAGCCCUCCAAAUGUGGUGCGAACACCAGCUGCAAAAACUUGCCAGGAAGCUACGAAUGCAGCUGUUUGUCUGGUUUCGCCUCCCCCACCGGAAGUGACAGGACCCCAGCAAAGCCGGGCUAUCUCUCCUGUACAGACAAUAACGAAUGCCUCAACGGUGGCAUCUGUCCUGAGCAUUCUGUGUGUACCAACCUCUUGGGAAGCUACACAUGGAGCUGCCUAGCUGGGUUCGCAGCCCACAGUUCCAUCUGUGAAGAUGUGGAUGAAUGUGCCCAGCCUGAAGCUUGCCCAGAUAAUGCAACUUGCCACAAUAGUUUUGGAAGCUACUCUUGCACCUGUAACUCAGGAUUUGAAUCCAGCAGUGGAAAGCUGAGUUUCCAGGGCCCAGCAGAGAUGUGUGAAGAUAUUGAUGAGUGCCUUCAGACGUGCCUUUUCAAUGCAACAUGCACCAACACCCCUGGGAGCUACUUUUGUGCCUGCCACCCGGCUUUGCAGCAAGCAAUGGACAAUGACCUUCAUGGGCCAAGAAAUGGAAUACAGAGGAAAACAGAGUUAUUUGCAGAUGUUAAUGAAUGCCUCCAAGAUCCAUCACGCUGUGGUCCAAAUUCUGUCUGCACCAAUGAACCAGGCUCCUACACCUGUGGCUGCAUCCUGGGCUUUCGUCCCAAUCCAGAAGGCUCCCGGGUAUAUGGCAAUUUCAGCUGCAAACAGGUUCCCUUCAAGUGUAAAGAAGAUGUGCUCCUUGACAAUGAGUGGGUCCAGCAGUGCCAAGUGGAAGCAGCCAUGGAGUCCAAGCAUGUUUCCUUUUGUGAGCUACUGAACACCACUUUAAAUGUUCUGGAUGAAACCUGUGAAAAAAAAACCAUUUCUCUGAAGGAAUCAGCUGAGAAAUUUGCUCCUGUGCUUAAACAAACAUCCACAUGGUCUAACUUCACCAAAGAAAAGAUAUCUGCCCUGGCCACAGUCUUACUGAAGAGUGUGGAAAGCACCACACUGGCAGCUUUUCUGAAACCCUCAGCAAAUGCAAGCCAAACUAUUCAGUUGGAAUAUCUAGAUAUUGAGAGCAAAGUCAUCAAUCAAAGUUGCACUGAAGAUCAUGUAAAUUUUCACUUUAAAGCCAAAGGGAAUGAGAUGAAGAUUGGGUGUCCCACAGUUGAGGAAUCUGGAGCCUCAGGGAUCAUUGGGGUGGCUUUUAUCUCCUUUGCUGGCUUGGAGUCUGUUUUAAAUGAGAGCUUCUUCCAAUACCCCCAAACCUUCUUGGCCCACUCUGAAAAGAAGCUGAAGAUGAACUCUCGUGUUGCUGGGGGGGUCACGACGGGGGAGAAGAAAGAGGGCCUCACUCAUCCAGUCAUCUACACUAUGGAGAACAUUGAGCCAAAGCAGAAGUCUGAGACACCCAUCUGUGUUUUCUGGAGCACACAUGUAAAUGGCGGGAGGUGGGUACCAUCUGGCUGCUCAAUUCUUGAAGCUUCCGAGACACAUACCGUCUGCAGCUGUAAUCAGAUGGCGAACCUGGCCAUCAUCAUGGCUUCUGACGAGCUCACGAUGGAGUUCUCCUUGUACAUCAUUAGCUACGUGGGCAUUAUCAUAUCUUUGGUGUGUCUCAUCCUGGCCAUCAUCACCUUCCUUCUGUGUCGUGCCAUUCGUCACCAGAACACCUACAUCCAUCUCCACCUCUGCAUUUGUCUCUUCUUGGCCAAGCUUCUCUUCCUGGCUGGUGUGGACAAGACUGACAACCAGGUGGUCUGUGCCCUCAUCGCGGGUUUUCUGCACUACCUUUUCCUCGCCUCCUUCUUCUGGAUGCUGGUGGAGGCCGUGAUGCUCUUCCUUAUGGUCAGGAACUUGAAGGUGGUGAACUACUUCAGCUCCCGCAACAUCAAGAUGCUGCACCUCUGUGCCGCUGGCUAUGGGCUCCCGGGGCUGCUGGUGGUCAUCUCUGCCAGUGUGCGGCCAACAGGCUAUGGGGUGCACAAUCGCUGCUGGCUGAAAACAGAAAUGGGGUUCACCUGGAGUUUCCUGGGGCCAGUUUGCACAAUCAUCGUGGUCAAUUCCUUCCUCUUAACGUGGACCUUGUGGAUCCUGAGGCAGAAACUAUCCAGCGUCAAUGCCGAAGUCUCCACGCUCAAAGACACCAGGUUACUGACGGUCAAAGCCUUUGCCCAGCUUUUCAUUCUGGGGUGCUCCUGGGUGCUGGGGAUUUUCCAGAUUGGACCACUCGCCAGUGCCAUGGCAUAUCUGUUCACCAUCAUCAACAGCCUGCAGGGGACCUUCAUCUUCCUCAUUCACUGUCUACUCAGCCGCCAGGUACGGGAAGAAUACAAGAGAUGGUUUACCGGGGUGACCAAACGCAGCUCCCAGUCCCAGACCUCGGGGAUCUUACUGUCGUCCGCCCCCUCUACUUCCAAAACGCUGUGA